CAGCAAUUCCUGUAAGUGGAUUGUUAUUGAGGGGAAUAACGGGAACACCCAGUGACUUUCACUUUCUAUAGUGAAUAUAUAAAUAUAGAGGCAGAACAGUCACUUCCCCAAAGCUCCAGACUCAGCUCCAUCUGACAAGCUGUUACUUCAGUCUCCUCCCUGGGAUCUCUCUGGACUGAUCCAUUCCAGCAGGGGCCCCACAGUCUCCAAUCAACUGUCCUGUCUCUUAGAAGGAACCACUGAAGAGCCAGAAGUCAAGACUCCAAUACAAUGGGGGGCAACUCGGUGAAGAUAAAAAAUGAAACCCCUUAUCCCAUUUCCUACAUUUACUGGUAUGAACAUCCAUUGAGACCUGUACAGGUCCAUGGGACUCUCCGUGCAGGAGAAAUGGUAGAGGUCAACCGAGUUGCCUUCCCGAGAAUCAUCUUCCUGAAACAAGGGCACAGAACAUCAGACGAGUGCCUCUAUCACUAUGACUUGUAUUGGUGGAACAAUGGGAAAGACUCUCAGACCAUCACAAUCCGGGAAAAAGGCAGUGACCAAUCAGAGCUGGAGCUGAUCUGUGAUAGUAGGCCGGAAAUACUUACCUGCCCCAAUUAUGGGAAACAAGAAAAAGACCGACUGGAAAUGGAGAAAAGAAGGAGAGAGGAGGAAGAAAGGAGACAGGCGGAACAGAGGGAGAGAGAAAGAAAAAUCCAGGAACAGAUUGAGACUGAGAAUAAGAGACUGAAAGAGAAUCUCUCAAAAAUACUGGAGUCUUUAACCAGAAUGAGAAAAGAGAGUCACCCCCAAGUGGAGUACAAUGAGGUUGAGUUUGUAGAGAAGAAGUUCUACCAGAUACUGAAAGAUAAUUUUCUGCAAGAUAAGGAGCGAAGCACGAGAACCAUUGCGGAGAUAAUCCAAAAUAUGCGCCUGCAGAUAAUGCUCAAGUACAUUGAGGAGAAACAACUGUCUGUCGAUUGCCUGAAAAACUGGGAUGAUCUUGUUGGGUUUAAGAACCUUUCACUUAGAGAUGAAUUGUCAGUGUUAGAAGCAAUGAUUGGUGUUGCCCUCGACCCAAAUAAUUCACAGAUUUUAGUGAAAAGUGAGACUAAGGAUGAUAGGGUUAAUUAUAGUGUCAGUAUCCUGAGUAAACUCUUCACAAUUAACAAAGAACUGGCUUCAAAUGGUCUGACGCACAUUGAGAAGUCAACUGGGAAAGGAUUGUUAUCUGGAAUUGACUGUUGUGAGUAAGAGCAGUGCCUACAAGCUUUCAGCUUUUCAAACAUUUAGGUUCUACAUACAAGUAAAUGACAUCUCAUAAGUUUAUUCUAUCUAUCUAUGUAUCUAUCUAUCUAUCGCUCUAUCUAUCAAGCAAUAUAUUAUACAUGUAACAGUAACUUACCCUGGUGGUCUAGCGGGCCGGCGGGGACGCCCGGAACGCCAGUCUUCCCCUUGAUGUGUCGUUCUGGUAAGGGCGCGCGCGGCGCGCCUCUGUUCCUUUUAAAGGCGCAGGCGCGCUGACGCGUGACGCAAAGCCUUAUGGGUAUUUAAAGGGCCAUUACACUGUAUUCUUUGCCCGUGAUAGGAUUAGUUUCCUGGUGGUUCCUGAGCCUUGUGCUAGUACCUGUUUGCCCGAAUUCUGUUUUGAACUUCUGUGUGUUGAUCUGGCCUGGCUUUUGACUUCUCUAACUUCCGUAACCUGACUCUUGCCUGAAACCGACUCCGAUUCCAUCUGUCCCUCCUGAUUGACUUCGGGUUUGACUCCUGCCUGUUGUUUGAUUCCGAUUCUGCCUCAUCCCAUCUGAUU